GCGGGGGCCGGGCAAGGCUUAGCGGAGGGGCUCGGCAGUGCCGCGCCGGUGGGACCGUACCGUGCAGGUGGGACCAUGCCGUCUUACACCGUCACCGUGGCUACAGGCAGCCAGUGGUUCGCGGGCACCGACGACUACGUAUACCUGAGCCUGGAGGGCACCGCGGGCUGCAGCGAGAGGCAUCUCCUGGACAAACCCUUCUACAACGACUUCGAGCGCGGUGCGGUUGACUCUUAUGAUGUGACAGUGGAAGAAGACCUUGGAGAAAUUCAGCUAAUAAAAAUUGAGAAACGAAAAUAUUGGUACCAAGAUGACUGGUACCUUAAGCACAUCACUGUCAAAACACCACUGGGAGAUUAUCUUGAAUUCCCAUGUUACCGCUGGAUUACAGAUGAAAAAGAGGUUGUCCUUCGAGAUGGAAGAGCAAAGCUCCCCCGGGAUGACAAGACCCAGAUACUCAAGCAGCACAGACGCAAAGAGCUUGAGAAUCGUCAAAAAAUGUACCGCUGGAAGGAGUGGCACCCUGGUUUUCCUCUGAGCAUUGAUGCCCAUUGUCACAGUGAACUGCCCCGUGACAUCCAGUUUGACAAUGAGAAAGGAAUUGACUUCAUUCUGAACUACUCCAAAGCGAUGGAGAAUCUCUAUAUCAACCGUUUUAUGCACAUGUUCCAGUCUUCCUGGAGUGAUUUUGCGGAUUUCGAGAAGAUCUUUGUGAGAAUCAGUAACACGAUCUCUGAAUAUGUGAUGCAGCACUGGAAAGAAGAUUUUAUGUUUGGAUACCAGUUUUUGAAUGGCUGCAAUCCUGUGCUGAUCCGGCGAUGCACGGAGAUUCCCAAGAAGUUGCCAGUGACCAUGGAUAUGGUAGAAUGCAGCCUGGAGAGGAACCUGACCUUGGAGGAAGAAGUGAAGCAAGGAAACAUUUUCAUUGUGGACUAUGAACUGCUGGAUGGUGUGGAUGCCAAUAAGACAGACCCAUGCACAAUACAGUAUUUGGCUGCACCCAUCUGUUUGCUGUACAAGAAUCUGGAGAAUAAAAUAGUACCCAUUGCAAUCCAGCUUGGUCAAAAGCCUGGGCCAGAAAAUCCCAUAUUCCUUCCUUCAGAUGCCACCUAUGACUGGCUGCUGGCCAAAAUCUGGGUUCGCUCAUCUGAUUUCCACAUCCACCAGACAGUGACCCACCUGUUACGGACACACCUAGUCUCAGAGGUGUUCAGCAUUGCCAUGUUCCGGCAGCUGCCUGCUGUACAUCCUCUCUUCAAGCUGUUGGUGCCACACAUGCGGUUCACAAUAGCCAUCAAUACCAAAGCUCGAGAACAGCUCAUCUGCGAAUGUGGCCUUUUUGACAAGGCAAAUGCUACAGGUGGAGGAGGACACGUACAAAUGGUUCAGAAAGCAAUGAAGGAUCUGACUUACAGCUCUCUCUGCUUUCCUGAAGAUAUCAAAGCUAAGGGGAUGGACAGCAAAGAGGAUAUCCCCUACUACUAUUACCGAGAUGAUGGCAUUAGAGUUUGGGAGGCAAUAAAGAGUUUUGCAGAGGAUGUGAUUCAAAUCUACUACGAGAGUGAUGAGGUGGUGUGUGAAGAUGUGGAACUCCAGGCCUUUGUCAAAGACAUUUACAUGUACGGGAUGAGGGGCGUGAAGUCCUCAGGGUUUCCUAAGGUGAUUAAGACACGGGAGAAACUAGCAGAAUAUCUCACAGUGAUCAUAUUCACCACAUCAGCCCAGCACGCAGCUGUGAAUUUUGGCCAGUAUGACUGGUGUUCCUGGAUUCCCAAUGCCCCUCCGACAAUGCGCUGCCCUCCUCCGACAGAAAAGGGGACAGUCACCAUCGAGCAGAUUGUGGAGAGUCUGCCAGACAGAGGGCGUUCUUGUUGGCAUCUGGGAGCUGUCUGGGCCUUGAGCCAGUUCCAGGACAAUGAACUGUUUCUGGGCAUGUAUCCAGAUGAACAUUUCGUGGAGAAGCCAGUGAAAGAGGCCAUGGCAAAAUUCCGCAAGAACCUGGAUGAGAUCGUCAGUGCCAUCACAGAGCGCAACAAGAACAAGAAGCUCCCUUACUACUACCUGUCCCCAGAUCGCAUUCCCAACAGCGUCGCUGUUUGAGCAAUAAGGAGAGCCUAGAGGAGUAUACAACCAGUGAAUGUUUUCCUGUUACAUAUGGUCCUCAUUAGAGACCUUCUAGAAAUGUGUAAUAUAACAAACAUGCUUCCUCCAUCAGAGCUGACCCGUACUCUAUUUUGGCUUUAAAAGCAAAUUUAACUGUGACAAAUCUUGCACGCAGUUUAGGCAGCAGCUCCUUUUGUAACAAGCUUUUAUCACCAAGAUUUUUAUAUUAAUCUUAGAAUCAAUACCUGCAAUAGUGUUAGCUUUCCAUUUCCCAGUCAAGGCAAAGAAAUCACAGAAAUUACGCUGCUUUAAAGCCGAGUACUGCCACGUCAUGCAUGUGUGAGAAUUGGUCAUAGCAGUGAAAAGGUACUGGAUGAAGAGGGUUGUCUUCCUACUCUUCAUUUCACUCAUUUGAUUCCACAAAAAUAGUGUCAGGAGCAAUAAACAAGUCUCAUCUUUUAAGUAAGUCCUUCCUAUUUUUAAUAGAUGAUGCUCUCGAGAUGAAUUUGUGGUCUUUAAAGUUUUUGUGUUAUUUAUAAUCUGAUUAAAAACCAUACAUUAAAUAUUUUCACUACAACUUUGAAUGGCCCAGUCAGGAUGAAGGUAAAAGCAGGACAUAGACAAGAGUUGUUUUUACCACCUUCUUACAGUGAAGUCCCUUUUUUCAUUUAAAAGGAGAAAAAUCUGAUUUAUAGAAGAGGAAUUUUUUUUAUCUAUAUGUACCUAUAUAUUUUCUACAUGAAACUUAAUAGAUUUGUUUCAGCAUCUGCCAGAAGAGUUUUCUGUCACUGAUAUGCAUGGGCAAAGGUUUUGCUUAGCAUAGUGACAAGUAAGUACAGGCUUAGCAAUGAUUAUUCUCUGUUUCAUUGCAGAGAAGGCUGGGUUUCGUGGGCAGCUUCAUUUGUUCUUGGAGGGAAGAAAGGCCACUUUCUAUAAAGGUUAUGGAGAAAGGUCAAAUGAUAGCUCCUAAUCUCUGGAUUUGUCUAAUUAGGCAUAAUCUGUUCUGCCUUAGAGAUACCUGAGUUGGGUCUGUUGUAUUCAGAGAUGGCUAUGCUCAAGUAUCUGGGCUUUGGUUUAAUGUUGAGAGAGUCACAGAGAUAACAAAAGGGAAAAAUGAGAUUUGGGAAAUUUAAGAGUAGAAGUUUAAUGAAUUACACUUGUGGAUUAUUUUUCCAAGAUUUUGUUCUUUAUACUAGUGGUUUAAGCCUGCAGUGUUUAUUUUGUUGUAUGUUUUUUAAAUAGAUGAGAAAGCUGCUUAUGCUAAUAAAACAGAACUGAACAAGAAAAUCUAGCUUUUAUUUCUUAACUCACUUUCUAAUGCUGUAUGUUUUGAAGAACUUGAUAGGAAUAUAAGGUUUGUAUAAGGAAUGUAGGAAGAUAAGGUGCUGGGUAGAGAAAUGAGGCUCCUGUACAUUAAGAAAAUACAGUUAUUUCUAUGUCUUGUGUGAGCUUCCAAUAAGAUUGGUGUGAAAGUGUCUUUCAUGUUACAUAUGAAAUACAGAAUUGGAAAGGACAA